AUGUCUCUGACUGCGGAUCCAGCGGCGUGCACGGUCCCUGCGGCCGGCGGAACCUCGACGCACAAGCUCGUGAACGGCGGCGCCGAGAAGCUGAUCUUCAAGAUCAAGUCGUCGAACAACAACGAGUACCGCAUCACGCCCGUCUUCGGCUUCAUCGACGCUUCCGGCUCCACGGACAUCACGGUCACGCGCACCGCCGGCGCGCCGAAGGAGGACAAACUCGUGAUCCACUUCGCGCCCGCCCCGGCCGACGCCACCGACGCGCAGGCCGCGUUCGCCGCGGUCACCCCCGCCGGAACCGUCACCAUUCCGCUCUCGGCCACCGCCUGA